UAACUCUUCUCAAAUUUAAACUUGAUAUAGUAAGUCUUCUCAUGAUAUUAGAUAAACACCAAUUUUUAUCUUAACUCGUGCAUUUUAUGUCUCAUAUUCUAUAGGAUAUCAUAGAAGAGACGUCAUUAUGUUUGUAAGAUUGUCACCUCUCCUGUCGUAAUGGGUAUCGGUUGCAGUGUUUAAAUUUACAUUGAUUUGGAAUCUGGUCAUUGAUUGUGAAGCUGCCGGAAAGCUUCCUUACGAAAAUGUGCAGUAUGGAGAAGCGAGGGAAGCUGUUCAUUCUAACACUAACCGGCAACCACGAGCACUGGCUGAACCCAUCUUUAAUAAACUCCAUACUCAAUGCUCUGUCCCAAGUCAAAGCCGAAGCCAGAGCUUCCCCUGGCUCCGUUCUAAUAACAACAUCCCAAGGCAAAUUCUUCUCCAAUGGCCUCGAUCUCCCAUGGAUCCUCUCCGCCUCCUCCAUAUCCGCCGCUCACAACCGUCUCAACCACAUGAUCCAGCUUUUCAAGCCCCUUCUGGCUCACCUCCUCUGUUUACCUAUACCCACCAUCGCGGCCCUCCCAGGGCACGCCGCCGCCGGUGGCCUCGUCUUGGCACUAGCCCACGACUAUCUGGUCAUGAGGAGCGACCGAGGCGUGCUGUACAUGAGCGAGCUGGACUUGGGUGCCACUCUGCCGGACUACUUCAUAGCGCUGGCUAAGUCCAAGAUUGGGUCAAGCUCGGUGAGGCGGGAUGUGUUUUUGAGGGGGAUGAAAGUGAGAGGUGAGACGGCGGUGAAGAUGGGGUUGGCGGAAUCUGCACACCAGGGGGAGGAUGGCGUCAUGGAGGCGGCAGUGCGGCUUGGGGAGGAGCUGGCGGCGAGGAAUUGGGAUGGGGAUGUUUAUGCAGAGAUUAGGAAGAGCUUGUACCCUGAAAUCUCUGGGUUGCUUGGAUUGACCACGAAGGUCAUUACAAUUUCCAAGCUUUGAUAGAAUUGGAAGUUUUAGUAGACUGUAAUAAAAUAUAGAUAAGUUGAUGAAUUGAUGAAUUGAUUGCAACAAGCUUCAUGAUCCGAUGUAUGUUUCGUCUUUAAAGCACAUGAAUCAGAAUGAGUUGAGUAGGAA